GGUGCCUGUGAUCAUCCUUUAUCAGCACCCAAGUCGCAUAGUUUCAUAAUUUUAUUACUUAUCAGCGAUUUUCUAAGUGUCUUAGUUAUUUGUACAUGUUUUGACUAUUCUUUCAAUGUGAAGAUUCGAUAAGUCUUAAUAUUUGUUCCAAGGAUCGGUUGCAGAAUGUGGGAGAUUCAGGAGAUCCCGGAUUCCAACCCACCUGCUUGAUGGGUUUUGUCAGCAAUGUACUGAAGAGUGACAUUUUUGCGUGAAUCAAAGAAACCAAUCUGUGACAUCAUGCAUGAAUUAUUCACACAAGUUUUAAGUAAAAAAGACUUAUCCAAGGCAGGAGAGCUUUUCUCCGUCGCCAACGAGGCAAUUGUAGAUGACUUGACAGAGGUGUUGAAUACUAUUCUAGAGAUUACCAGUUUGUCGGACUAUGCAAACAAUGACAAUGAUCAAAGCGUUGUUGAAAUAUGUAUUACAAGAGUAACUUCAUGCAUCAGAGAAACAGGGUCAAUGGAACAGCAUGCAGAAGCAAUGGUUGCCCUUCUUGAGUCGUGUCUCAGUCAUAAUCUAAAACCAUGCACUAAAGAUGAAGACCCUCCUCAUGCCAAAAUAUCCUCUGACCUCAUUUCUUGCAUAUUUUUAAAUUAUGGGAAAAAAACUGUAAUGAGGAGAGCCUUGCCUGUUGCUGUAAAAUUUCUCCACAAAGGCAAUAAAGAAAUUUCUCGAAACAUGGCCUCCUACUUAUCGCUUGCAGCCAUUGACAAUGCUGAUCUUCUAUCAAAGCACAUUCAGUUAAUCAUCGAUUCGGUCAUUGCAGGGAACUAUCCACUCUGUCGUGUUCUGCCUCAAAUAUACGCCAUUACAAAAGAACCCAUUCACGACCAUGCUAUGGCAUUAGUUUCACUAUUACCUCUUUGUGACCUACCAGAGAAACUAGCUUUACUUCAGUUGUGUAGCCUCAUAGCAACGCAGAAGCCAUCGCUGUUAGAAGCUAGUUUACCACAACUGUGCGAGUAUUUAGGCGCAGCAACAACAGCCUCUGCAACAUUGCAAGUUCUUCUUCACUUGGCUGAGAAGAAACCACAACUGCUCAGUGAUUACAUGCCAAAAAUAAAGCAGGCAGCCAAGUGCAAUCCUAAAACGCUGUGCCUAGCUGCCCAAGUUAUUUCUGCUGUUGGAAAACUAAGUAAAGACAAAGCUCAAGAGGCCCUCAAUUUUGUACUGGAACAUUUGCCAAAAGCUGAUCGAGGGAGUCAAACAACUCUACUGCGAGAAGCAACUCUACUCUGUUCAUGCUACCCGGUCCUAUUCACUGACAAAAUGUUAAAUGAAGUCCGUCAGUGCAGUAAUAAAAAUAAAACCAACGAUUCUGCUUUACUCAAAAUUAGUAGCAACAACAAUAGCAGUAAUACAAAUAAUAGUACAAUGAAUAGAAAUAAUAACAAAGAAAACUGCACCAAAAAUAACAACAGUGGUAACAUAAACACGAUAAAUAGUAUGAAAGCCAAAAACAUUAAUAACAGCAAUAUCAAUAACAUCACCAACUCUAAAAGUAGUAUCGUCACUAAUGUCAGCAACAUCAGCAGCUCACAGAUCAAUCAAACUUCGCACGGUGUCACCAUUGUUAAAGUUGGGAGUGGUGGUCAUGUAAACCACAACAAUAAUCUCUUGAACCACUCUAUAACUCCGAUGUACAAACACAAUAUUUCCUCGCCAACCUACAUUUCAACCAACAACAAUCACAGGUUGCAUGACGGACCGCAGUCCAACAGACUUGAAGGAAACAGAGUUGUGAUUGGUGGGCGAUCAAGACUAGUUGGUGGUGAUAGUCGUAGCACAGGACGACUUCACUCCUCAGCCACUCACCGAUCUAUGACAAGAUUGAAUAUAGUGAGUAGCAAUCGCUUAGGCUCUGUUGGUGGUCUUCAUAAAAGUAUGACUCGGCUGAGUUCUAGUCAGCAAAUCAAUCAAGUAGCUUCACAAAUGCAGCAGGUGCCUUCGAAUCGAGCGGUAACAACGGUAUUCAAGCAAUCACCUCUAAUCAGUGGAGGUGUUACCGUAACAACUCGCAAUUCUUUAGGAAGUGGGAAUGUUCCAAGAGAAGAAAAUUCGCUUUAUUCAUCCUCCUCUCAAACCCAAAAUUCUCAAAGUAAUAGGGAUUCAACAGCUGGUAUCGUCGCCUCUCGGCCCUUAAGUACAGCAGGAAGUUCACCAUUGUACCAAUCUUUAAUUUCUACUUCCCAGCCUCUCAGCCAAAUUUCUGUAGGGAACCUUAGCUCACAAAUUGGACCUACCGAGGUACCACCCCCUCCUACUCAGCCAGUUGUCACCUCAAGACGACCGCAUAACAAUACCAGUGUCACAAUCAUCAAUAACCACAGCAAUGCAGCUAUUCAUGCGGCCUCACAACGCAUAAGUGUUUUUGAACCAUACCCCAUGCGAGAUACCAUUCAACAUUUUUGUGAGAAGCAUUUGGACAAAAUCAAAUCAUAUAUGGAAAAGGUCUCUGUUCGUAUACCUCCCCCUGCAAAAUGUACAAUUGAAGAGAGGCGUGCGAAAAAAGUAGCUAAGUUACAUUUUGGAUGCCCCGGUCGGGGCGAACAUUGCCUGUAUAGUCGAACGUUUUUCACGAUGCGAACACGAAACCCUCGAGUAUGGAUUCAUCUUAUGUUUCUGGCGCUGCAAGCUCGCUCACCAUCUGCCUUAUCCUCCCGCGAUGCAUCUGUCAGCUCUUUGAAAAACUGUUGGGAUAUUCUCAAGUGUGAAACGAAAACAUUUUUGACUCUCGUCACAUCAGCUUUCCCUUGUGCCAAGGAUCAAGAAGCUGUGCUCAGCGAAUUAAGAAGCAGUGGUUUCUGUGAUGUCUUCGAAUAUGUAGGCGGCUCAGGGGUGAAUUUGUGGGGCUGUUUCCUUUGCAACCACCCUGAGAGAGCUGUUGGGUUUCUACAAGACAGCCAACCAGUCAUCGAAGGACAGCUGAAAGAGAAGAAAGGCCGGUGGAAAAUUUUCAAACGAUGGAGGACUCGCUACUUUACACUUUCAGGCGCUCAUCUUUCCUAUAAAGGAGCUGACGAUAAAGCUGGGCCACCGAUUGAUGUCCAUCAGAUAAGGAGUGUUAAAGUCAGUCGAGGAGCUAGGAAUAUACCUAAAGCAUUUGAAAUUUUCACGGGAGAUCAUUCUCUCAUUCUUAAACCAAAGGACGGAAAAAACGCUGAAGAAUGGGUGCAGUGCCUAUCAGUGGUAGUGGCGCACUCGCAAUCAAAGGAAAUGCCGACAAGGAGUUCAAGCUUGAUACGAACUGCUGUUUAGUUAGUUUAUAUUUAUUUUCUUUGGAUAGUUUGUUAUUAUUCAAUGACCUUAGGUGUCCUUAAGUGUUGAAAGUGGAGAGCCCUGCAUAAUCAAUAAGAGAAAACCGCAGCUGUCCCUGCAGGAAUUUUAAAGCAUUUUCUUUUAUCAUACUGGGAAAAAAUUUUAUGGACAUCUUCUCCUCUAUGUCCCCUAAGUUUUCUAGUUGGCACCUUUAGUGUACAAGAAUGUCAUGUAGAAAAAUGCAAAGUUGGAGAAAAUCCUCCGGGUUUUGCUCAAUUACCCUCCCACUGUGAAGGGUCCUUUAGUGAGUCAAGGCAGGUCCCAAAUAUUGCAAAGAACUUGAUGGAUUUUGAAAGCGCCUUUUCUCUCUUAUAAUAAAGUGAGCACGAAGUCCAAUUCUUAGAAAGAUUUAUCGAAAAUAUUUUUCCAUAACCUCAUAUGAGGACUUUCACAGUCUGCCAAAGUGUGAAAAUGUAGUUUUUAUUCUUUACUUUAGGGAAAUUCCUCCAAGUAUACCCAUGGGACUCAAUUAUUUUGUCUAAUGAUUCAGCCUCACCAAUAUAUCUGACUACAUGUCUUAUUUCUCUUAGGCCUCAGGAGUGAAUUGUUAUUCUUUCUUUUUUUAGUUUCAUUAUUCAAUGUAAGAUAGUGUGUUUUUUUACUUGAUCAAGCCUCAAUGAAGCUGAGGUAGGAUGUUUUCCCCCCUUUUUCUCUGUAGACUUUUUUACCCCAUGAAGGGAGGAAGAAAAAUUUUCACCCAAAGGGUAUUCCUGUAAGAAAACUCCUUCUUUCUAUCUAUACCUCUGAAAAACUGUCUCUUUUUUUUUGUCAUAUCGUCCUUUCCCUCAUGAAAGAACGUAACUUAAUGUCAAUGUUGCCAAAUUCCCCGUUUCAAAUUGCAUAUUAAUGAAGAGCUUCUUGAGAAUUUCUAACUGAAAAUUUCACAGUUUUUCCCCCAGAUUCCAUGCAAAAAUCAGACAAAUUUUACUUAAAAAUUGCACAUGUACAUUUCUGUGAAAUAAAAAUUAAUUUUUUUAGUUAAUUUAGCAACCUGAGAAUUUAGUCACGUUCCUUCGUCCGGGAUACAACGAUAUGAAGACCAUUUGUUAGUGUUAAUUAUUUCAGCAUAGAAUCCACUACCAGCCCAUAAUAUUUCCUCUUCUGCUCUACUCCCUCCCUUGAGACUUAGACCCGCAUGUGAUUCAGUCUAGGCCAAUGGUUGACUUUCAAGUAUGAACUUAAUGAGCUAUUGUCAGCAGCUAGGGCAGUUGAUUCUUCUAUUUCCGUUUUUUAUAACUUGUAAAAACUCAAAAAACGUACAUCGAAAAUUGAAGUAAAAGAUCUAAGGUUCAGCGCUGAAAACGCGUAAAUCUGCGUUGCGGGGUCAACAGUGACUGCACUGUUGACCCCGCGACAAGCUGUUAAAGGAGCUUGGUUGAGUUUAUUUUGUGAGACUGUUAUGCUGCCCUCGGUCGCCGACUUGCGUUCCUCAAAUGCCUUAACCUUUAUUGACAUCAAGCAAAGACACCAAAACUGUGCAAUGUUAUUUUAUGAGUUAGUGUUAGCAGAAUGUUUGCAAUGUUUCAAAAUUGUAUUUAAUGAUCAAAAUUUAAUGGGCACCAUUGGGUGACUUGUUACUUUCAAUGUCUCGACAAGUGUAUUGCAAUUGUACCUAAAGUGUUUUAAGUAGCUCAGAGAGUUAUAGUCGAGGCCAUCCCAACAAGCGAAAAUCGUCGUCACUAAGUUUUUUUUACAGUGACUAUGAUAAUUACAAUAUCUGAAGUUCAGACAAAGUUCUUCAUCCUCUUAAUAACGUGAACGUCAAUAACUCAUUUGGACGUAUUUCUAUCAAACGGACCUAAGCGCCACAGGGGGAGGAAAGGAGAGGGGGAUUUGGAUCGGCAGGUGUUACGGAACGCGAUGCUCGCUCCUCCUAUACUCGCAAUGCUUUUCCGUGGCGCUCAGGUCCGUUUGACAGAAUGCGCUAUCCGGGAUUCUAAAAUCUUCAAAAGGAACUCAAUUUGGUGCUUAGUUCCGUUUGACAGAAAUACGUCCAUUUAAUGAACGUUUAAAUGGAUUUUCUGGACGUGAAUCUUCUAUUCACAUCCUCUUAUGGUUGAGAUAGCCUUGGCUAAAGUAUGUUCUUGGUGCCAACUGAAGCUGUAAUGGUGAUAUCUUAAUAACUUUUAUAUUUCUUUUAAAAACGAAUGUGAAUAGUCUGAAUCAUUGUCCCUUUUGGUCUCCUUUACAUUCCUUUGUAUGCAAUGUGGAAGAUUAUUUUUUUGGAUUGUUUUUUUUUUCCUACCUGAAGAGAAUGACUUAUCUAAUCAACCUGAAUGAAUUAAAUUAUUUUUAUCUUUAAUUAACUAAAUUAAUUGUUGUAACUUCAUAGACAUUAAUCACAUUUUUUACUUCUGUCAUGUGGGUGCCUUACCUUUUUGAAAAUUUUCUAAUUUUUCAUAAUUAUUUCUGCAUUACCGUCAUGUUUUUUAUAAUCAGGGGUCUUUAGUUGAAGACUCUGACUUUCAAAAAUUAAUUAUUCAAAUAAGUAUUGAUAUCCGCAAUCGAAGAAAAUAUGAGCUUAAUUGAUGACUUUAGUCAGAAAAGGCACUUCUCAUUUUUGAAAUUUCCUUUCACGUAGUUUUCUUAAUAGAAAAAAAAAUGCUCAGAGAGAAGUAGAAAUUUAACUGAAAUUUCUUCAUUAUUAAAUGAUAUUCUCAGCAUAAAUCUCAUGUUUGAUUAUCUGUUAGUUUCCUCGCAAAAAAAUAAAUUGCUUAUGGAGAUUCUGCAACACUGUAAAAGGGAAAUGCCUCUAUGGCAUUUCAUGAAUUUAGUAAAGUUCGAUUCAACUUUUUUACUUAAACUAGUUUAUUGUCAAUGCACUAGUCUCAAAUGGCAUACAUUAUUAAGAGCAUCAAUAUUCACCACUCAGAUUCUCUCUAUCUCACAUUAUUUUUCCUUUUUUUUUUCUCUUUCUCGGUUUCUAAGAUUUACCUAAGUUCUAAUCUCAAUAUCACUUUUUGAAAUGCCUGAGUUGGCUUGAAGUUUUAAAAUUCAAACUCAAUAUUUAAAUUGUUUAUUUUUGAAAGGUCUCAAAAGUAAACCAACCACAAAACUGAUAAAAAUAUGUGGCUGAUAAAAUAAGUUGUCUAAAAGUUCUUAAAUCAGAAUCUUUUUCGCUAAUUGAUGUCUUACGAAAGAAUCUGAUUGGUGAUUUCACAGGAAUUGUCUCCAUAGAACAUUGUAGAAUCAUAGAGAAUAUUCAAUAAAAUUGCAGUGAAAUGCAGGCAUUCAUUUUCUUACAGUGAAUGAAAUAAUAGCGGAAAUUCUGAAACACCUCAACGGAGAAGUGCCUUUCUAUCCAGCACCUUUAUUGAUUUGUCCAUAGAUUUCUGCUUGAAAUUUACUGUCUUGAAUGAAUCUUAUAUCCUGAAUUGCCUUUUGCUACCCGUGCCUUCCAGAUAAUGUUUAUGAUUAUGAAUCCUUUCCUAGUCUAAGUUCCCUAAAAUAGUUUCUUUUAUAUGUCUCUAGUAGGUACCUAUCACAGGCUAAAGUGUUUUUUCCUGUUUCCCUCUACUUUUUCUGUGCUCAUGAGAGUAAGUCAGUUCAGUUCACAUCCCUUCCUUCCUACUUGGUAAUUUUUUGUGGACUUGCCGUUGCUCAAUUCAUCUAUUUAAGGUGCUACCAUAAUUUCUCAAACCAAAUGUAAAUAACUCAUGAAGUUCAAAUCUUCAAUUUGAGGAAACUCUGGAUUUUUUGUUUUGCCGUCAAACUGUAUCAGUGUGUUUUCGCUUCUUUGUUCCAUUUAUUGGCACUCUGACAGUUGUAUUCUAGGACUGAGAAAUCUCUGAAUAUCCUUACCCUAAUAUUUAAUCCCUUUGUCCUAAAGAGAUACGUACCAAUUAGAUCAAAUCAUACAACUCAGGAAUCUAUGAUGUUCAAAAUGACUAUAAGAAGGGAAAAUGUGAUGCAUGAUGUGCCUUAUAGGGUUUUCUAUUGAAUUCAAGAGUCUUCAUCUGCCGUUUUCUCAAUGGCUAAGUCUCAAUGUAUCAAGUCAGAGAGCAGUGGUGAAACUGGCAAAACGCGUAUCUCGGUUUGCGAUGCUACAGACUUGCAUUCAUAAUUUAUUUUUUAAACGGAAAAAUUAUAUACGUCAUUCCUUGAAAUUUUCCUGAUAUUUCUUUUCUUUUUGGAGAAUAUUCUGUGGAAAUGUCAACCAACAGUGUUAGUCUUAGUUUAUUCUCCUUCGAUAAAAUAAAAUGAAAGUGGAGAUUUUGAAACACCGCAAACGAGGUAUGAGUUUUUGCAGUCUCACUGUCAAUAAAGUUUGACCUAGGCUCUUUCUGAAAAAUUCUCUCUUUUUCAAAUAUAUCCGUUUUUUUCUUCGCAAAGAAGGUGUCAGGUCCAACAAUAGAUAUUCUCUCUAAACUUUGCACAGAGAAAUAUGAUGGAUCCUCUCACUUAUACUUCCCUUAUUUUCUAUUUCUAAGUUUUUUUUUUUCUCCUAAGAUACAAAGCGAAGAAAAAUUGAUUUCCUUCUUACUUACAAAUACCUACUUCCUUACCGGAUUUUUUCUGCUCCUAAAUUAGUGAUCUGCUGUCUGUAGCAAGAAUGCUGUAACCCAGUUCUAGAUUUUUCAAUUAUUCUGUAGCUGAACGCUCUGUUUCAAGGAAACCAGCGAUCAUUUAUUCUUUAUAUUCUCAGGAGGGUUUUACUAUAUCGUCGAGAACUUAUACUAAAAGAAUGAAGCAAGAAUUUUAUUAAUCACAGUGUAGAAUUCAGCAUGAAAAAAAUAUUCUAAGAUAGGAUUUCGACGUUCUUGUUGUGGAUGGUAGAAUUGUCACUAAGUAUUCACAGUAUCCUUUCUUUUGACGCAAGUAAAUGAUUUUUUGAUUUCAUCAGAUCCCUGCAUAAAGCAAUAAUAUAAUAGGUACAUAAUUGAAUGCGGAGUGUUUCAGAUAAAAGAAUGCCAUGAAAACAAGAACCCAUGGUAGAAAGCAUCCUGCUCUUAGUUCCAGUAAAUGUCUAUCUCAGCUGAGUAUUAGCAGUUGCAGUUGCUAUUUAGAACAUAAUAAAGAGCCCAAUGAAAUUUCCAUCCUCCCCCCCUCCCCCCAAAUCCCUGCGUUGGCAUCUGUUACUUUGAUUUCCAUAGUUACUUAAAAAUCGUCGGCCCUCACACAAAGGAACUUUAUUUCUAUUACCGUGUUUCAUACUUACAUGUUAUUUGUUUAUAGGAGAGUUGUUACAUGCAUUUUCCUUAAGUUUCUAGUAACUUUCCUUAACCCUUGUGAAAAGAGACUCUGCAAUUUUCAGAGUCUUUUGUGAAUCGAUUCUCCCAUGAGAAAAUAAAAUGCGAGCAGAAACACCGCAGACAAGAUAAGCUCCCUCGUGCAGGAGAUGAUAAGAGUGAAUUGACUUCCCGUGCUUCAGUGAGCAUUUUGUGUCAGGAUGAAGUUUUAGACUUUUUCUGGCCCUUGUCUUUUGCUCGUCUUGGUUUGCAAAGAUUAAUUCACUAAUGUGCCUUUGUCCAUCCAGUAAGUUGGGCACUUAACGCAGGUGAAAAUUGCAAAGUAUCUUUUGCUUCUUAUUGAUUUAGAUGUCAAAGUUUUCUAUUAAAUGUCUACAUCGAGUAAAUCAGCAGCCCGAUUUUUUAAACUGUGUCGGCAUGACCAGACUAGUCAAAGCCCUAUCUUAACCAUGCAAUAAAUAGCAUUUCAAUGUCCUAUCGUGAUGUUUUGAACUUUCAAUAAUCGGCCAUCCGGUCUCCCCAUCCCUAAUCCCUCCCUCUUUUUGUUCUUCUCUAGCUCAAUAAUUUUGUAUAUUUUCCUGUGAAAAGAUUAAUGUUUUUGAGAUUUUAUUAUGCAUUUGUUCGUACCAAAA